GUGCCCCCUCAGCAGUAUGCACGAAAUCUUGCAUUCGAUGUACUCGUGAUGGGUUUUGUUUGUUUUGUUUUGUUUGUGAUAAAGACUUAGAUGCGGAAAAUCAAAAAAAUGUAAUUGUGUGCUGCAUGGAACGGACGGGUGUGCCGCACCUGGAAAACACAACACUGUAUUAAUUAUCGUAUAAGUUCUGGGGAUCUGGUUUUAAUCACCUGCCGUCCGGGGCUUGGUGACCAUUCAGCCCAACUCUGUUUUCCUGAGUACCAGCUGUGUGCCAGGCACUGUGCUAGGCACUGGGGGCACGGACCGGGAUUCAAACGAGUAAGAGAAGCUCUGGCCUUGAAGGAGCUCAUCAUCUGGAGAAAAAGACGUCUAUAUAAAUACCCCAUGUUACCCCAUCACCAGAAGAGUCUGGGCAGAGAUUGGACGACACCGUGGGAGAAUCUGCAAAGGUGUUGCUGGAACAGACAUAUUUCUAGUUGUAUGAGGUGGCCUGGACAUUAUUCUCGUGCUCCUUACCCAUACUUCAGUAGUAGGCAUUUUUCACUAAAUUGGAGACCACCUUGUUUGUUUGAGUCUAGAACUCCGUUUCAGUACUGGAACUGGAGACCUGACAACCUGAGCCAGACCUCUUUGAUUCAUCUCUCUAGUUACAUCAUGAACUCUGAGGGAGAUGAACCUUCAUCAAAACGAAGAAAACACCAAGGCACAAUACAACGACAUUGGGAAUAUAUAUGUAACCAUAAUAAAGACAAGACGAAGAUCCUAGGAGACCAAAAUGUUGACCCCACAUGUGAAGACAGUGAUAACAAGUUUGACUUUUCAGUGAUGUCCUAUAAUAUACUUUCACAAGAUUUAUUGGAAGACAAUUCACACCUCUAUAGACACUGCCGGCGGCCAGUUUUACACUGGAGCUUUAGGUUUCCCAAUAUUCUGAAAGAAAUUAAACACUUUGAUGCAGAUGUACUUUGUUUGCAAGAAGUUCAAGAAGAUCAUUAUGGAGCAGAGAUCAGGCCAAGUUUGGAAUCUUUGGGUUAUCACUGUGAAUACAAGAUGCGGACAGGAAGGAAACCUGAUGGCUGUGCCAUCUGCUUCAAACAUUCCAAAUUUGCACUCUUAUCAGUGAACCCUGUGGAAUUCUAUCGCCGUGACGUUCCUCUGUUGGACAGAGACAAUGUUGGAUUAGUGUUACUCUUGCAGCCCAAAAUUCCAAGUGCUGCCUCUCCUGUGAUCUGUGUAGCUAACACACAUCUGUUGUAUAAUCCAAGGCGAGGUGAUAUUAAGCUGACCCAGUUGGCAAUGCUUCUGGCAGAGAUUUCCAGUGUUGCCCAUCAGAAAGAUGGCAGCUUCUGCCCUAUUGUUAUGUGUGGUGACUUUAAUUCUGUUCCUGGUUCUCCGCUCUAUAGUUUUAUAAAGGAAGGAAAAUUGAAUUAUGAAGGACUUGCCAUCGGCAAGGUAUCUGGCCAGGAACAGUCUUCACGGGGACAAAGAAUUUUAUCUAUUCCAAUUUGGCCCCCAAACCUAGGUAUCUCACAGAACUGUGUGUAUGAGGUACAGCAGUUACCAAAAGUAGAAAAGACAGACAGUGAUCUGACACAGACAGAGCUGGACAAAACAGAGGUCCUAGUGACAGCUGAAAAAUUAUCUUCAAAUUUACAGCACCAUUUCAGCUUGUCAUCUGUUUAUUCACAUUAUUUUCCUGACACUGGAAUUCCAGAAGUGACCACUUGUCAUUCCCGAAGUGCCAUAACUGUGGAUUAUAUUUUCUAUUCUGCUGAAAAGGAAGAUGUUGCUGAGCAGCCAGGAUCUGAAGUUGCUCUGGUUGGUGGCUUGAAACUUCUGGCCAGACUAUCACUCCUUACGGAACAAGACUUAUGGACUGUUAAUGGACUUCCAAAUGAAAAUAACUCUUCAGAUCAUCUGCCUUUAUUGGCUAAGUUCAGACUUGAACUCUGACUCUUUGAUUACAUAUAUACUUUUCUUUCCAAUUUAUAUUCUUUUCAAAGAAUGUAAAAUAUUUCUUGAGAGUCUGCAUGUUUAUUUUUGCGCCAUGGAGUUUCUGAAGAGGUUAUGUGAAAUGCUUGAAACAGAUGUCAGAAGAAACAAGUUUACAACAAUUUUCUUUGUAAUACGAAAAAAUAUUUUCCUGACAAGUGAGGUCUAAACACUCCUUAUUGUAAAAGAGUUGUAAAUAUUUUUUAUUCUAAAUCCCAGUAAAAUUGACGGUGAUUUUUAAAUAUAGUGCAUCCUCUUUAGUUAGUAAAGAAUCUCAGUUGAUGUUUUUCGCAAGCUUUAUGGUGGAUCCAAAGUACCUUUGAGUUCUUGCAAACCACAACUCAUUUCCCUUCCAGAAGGCCUGAUUUCAUUGUGAGGACUGUUUGUUGAGUCCUAAUUAGUUCAUCUCAGAAAUCAUUAGAUUGCUCACAAGUGUCCAACCAACCAUUUUAGUUUGGUUUUGAGGGGUCUUGAUAAUGUUUUCUAAAAUUGUACAAAUUACUUAAUCUACCUUAUUAUUCUCCUAGGCCAUGUAAUAUUGUCUGCAUUUUGUUGGGAGAUGUAGGUCACCAUAACUAGUGGGUGAGAUGCUUUACACGUGCCCUCUUUCCAUCUUGUGACAGACAGAGCAUUCCAGCAUGCCUGAGAGAGGCAGAGACUAGGUUAGAACACCUUUGUUUCCCUGGCAGUUUUUUUUUUUCUCUUCAGUUUCAAGAAGAGAUCCCUAGGCUGGGGGAGAGACUUUAUUCUGUGGAAAUUUAUUAGGAAACUUGUCUUUACAACAAAGUGGCAGCUAUAAGAUUAUUUUGGUUUUGCCUCAGAGGUUUAGGAAGCCCACAGAACUAGCAGGGAGAUACCAGCUUGGAGACUUAAUACUCUUAAGUAGUAAUUUUAACUGUCUUAGUGGUUUUGUUUCUAAGAUGUCACUUUUAUCAUGAGGCAGCAAGUGUGAGGUGGUGCUGACAUUUUUUUUUGUAAAGUGGUUAAGAGCAGGCCUAGAAAGUCCCACUGUUGGCACUAUGUGAAUGUUUGGAUAAAAAAUUUUAAAACAAAAAAAGUGAACAUGUCCUCUUUUUAGACAUUAAGAUCAAAAAAGUAUGUGCAUUUUUACUAAGUAGUAAUUUUGUAUUAUACUAAAUUAUAAAAGUUUUUACAGUGGAUAUUCCUCAUAGAAUGCCUCAAAUUAGAAAGCAGUAGUUACUCCAUGUCCUGGACUUUAAAGGUUUUUGUACUAAAAUAUAUUUACUACAGUUAUUUUUUAAGAAAAUAAAUGACUACCUGAACAAGGCAUGUGUGUUAAAAGGAUUUACUAAAAAUCAUAAUAAGUAUUUUUAAAUGUUUAAUUUCUCACUUUUUUGGAUUUUUACUUACAGUAUUAACUCUAGUUCAAAAAUUUUCCACAUUUUCUAGUAAGUUUGCAGAAUAUUGUAUGUUCUAAUUAGUAGAUGUUGUCGUCAUCAAAUAAUAAUUGUAUAAUCACCCCUUUUAAUAUUGGGGAAAAAUGAAAAUUCAUUAAUUACUGCUUUGUGUUAUGUGAGUUUACUAACAGAUAACUUUGUGUAUAGGUUAUUGUUGCUAAACUAACAUCUCUGAAAAUCUCUGUGAAAGUGUAAUUUUUUAUGUCCUGAUUAAUGCAUUGAUUUUAGGCCCUUUACAUGUGCUUCACUUUGUAGAGUUAAUCCAUAAAAAUGCUUUCUACUUAAGCGUAUAGGACAUAGUAUUUUGCAGACCAGAGGCCAAAGGGUCAAUAUAGCCUCACAAGUCUUUAAAGCUCCACUAAAAUGAACUAUCCACUUGUCUUUACUUUUUUUGGUCAGAAAAUUGGUAACUCUGUUGGAGCCCUGUAUUUACCUGCCCAAACAUUUAAAUCUGGUUAAUUGCUGAAGCCAAAUUUCCCCCAAUCUCAAGUGUUCUACUGGCCAAGUGUUAAAAUGGAAAGAGAUGCCGUGGGGUAAGAAGUGUUGGUUUUACUUUACCUUUUGAUAUCAAGAAAACAUGCAUGUUUGAAAUCUUGUCCUUUUUUUGGAAUUUAACACCUGUUUGCUUUUAACCCUCUGGUUUCCUAAAAAGCCAAGUUAGAAAUCCAGAGAGUUCAAGGGAUUGGGGAAACAGAGAAGUCAAGUUAUUGGCACUUUGUCUUAGUGAAUCACCUAAUAAAUUAUUACUCUAGUGUGUCUGUGCCUGGAGAUUUUGUGGUAGAUGUGCUAAGUGUGUAUGCUGGGCUGUUGCCCCUUCUACACUAUUUCAUUACCGUCUUAGGGUGAUACUAAGGAAGUGAAUGAAGAUGCGCAAAACAAUAGUGUUGAGUGUAAAGUCUGAAAACUGGAAGAAGACAGGGAUGAGGGAGUGAUAAAUGAGUUUACUAGGACAAGUAUGUAGUAAAAGGACAAGAAAAAAUAAAUCACACCAUCUUACAUUUUUGGAAGAAAAACAAUCCUUAAGUUUCCAGGGUGGUUUUAUUAAAGUUCCAUGCUGUGUAUAAACAUACAAGUGAUGAGAAAAACAUUAACUUGAAACAUGCACUUAUCUGGCAUUCUCUAAAAUACCAUUAUACAAGUUUUCCUUUACUUAGAAAAAUACCCACUAAAACAAUCACAGUUUUCCUUAAAGAUUUAAAAAAAAAUGUAUUGGCCAGAACAAAGUCCAAGAGAAUAAACAAGAUUCUGAAUUGUGUGUCAAAAAAACUGUACAAGGUUGUACAUAAAACUAUAGCUUACAAAAGCCUCAGGUAUAGUAAGAAUACGGAAUUAAGAUUUCCAAAGUUCUAUUUACCAAUAUCUAUUAAUAAAAUCCUUAUGAAAUAAUUGACUUAGAAAAAGUGAAAUGCUCAUGAUUUCAAAGUGUAUAGAAAAUACUAAAAAUACUAAAUAUCACUUUCUGAAAUAAAGUGUACUCAAAACAGCACAACAUGGAGUCUAAAAUCAAGAUUUCUGUCAUCUGAUUUAAACUUUGCAUAUAACCCCAUAAUGGCUUAAGCAUAAAAUUUCUCUUGCAUUAAGAAUUUUAAAAACUAGAUUCAAAUCAUAGUUUAAUUUUUUCUUUUGAAUAACAGCCAGUUUUAAAAUCAUUUGGGGGGUUAUGUCAUGGCUUUUUGUUUUAUUUUUUAUUUUUUGCCUUAAUAUCAUUUUAAUUGAAUUCCUGCACUAGAAUUUAAGAGUUUGGUGCCUUUCUCAAAUCUUUUAGAAAUUAGCAUAAUUCCAUAGCUAAUAAAAACAGAAUGAAAACUAAGAGGAUUUUAAAUUAAUUUUCAUGUUUCUGUGACUAACCCUUGCUUUGGGGGAAUAAAUCUUAAAAUUAAGAAGUGAGUGGAAAAAAAUCAGAUUACUAAUUGAAUCACCAAACCAGCUGGUAGUUUUAAGGCUUAUACAUCAGAAUAUUAGAAUAGUUCGUGUUCCUAUUCUUUAACGCUUUUUUUGUGGGAAACGAGGCUAUGCAACUACUGACAUUCUGUAUUUUGGAUGGGACAGUACUUAACUAAUACUUGGAAAAUCCUAUUCCAAGCUCUUAGAAUUGAUUGCAGUGUAGAAGUUGUAUACUUAUUGGAGAUAAUAAAGUUUCAGAUUGAUACACAUAA